GUAAACAUUCAUCGAAACCAGUUGAUCAUCAUUACUGUUCAUCUGAACUAACGUGUUCCUCUAAACUGAACGGUGGAUUAGACUGCGAAUAUGGCCAGAGGUCAAGACAUCAAUAAUGAGCUCUCAGAUGUGCUGAAUGAGAUGUGGAAGUUAGAUGUGAACCGCAUGACACCUGGAAAAGAUUAUAAAAUGAAUCUACAGGGGAAUGCUGGGUAUGUUGCCAAGGGCAGUAAUAACGCAAAGGACAAUGCUAGAGCUCCUCUCUUCUCAUAUGUCAAUGAAGACAAGCUGAAAAGCAUUGAUACGUAUGCCUACUUUAUAAGUCUUUUGGACAAUUAUGAGAUGGCUACAGGAGUGACUGAGCAGGUGACGGAAGAUGAACUUCGUGAGAAUGAUCUUUUCCUGAAUGCCAUUUUGAAGACUGAAGUUAUGAAGUGUGCCCACAGAUACCUCGUACGCAAAAGUCUCGCCCAGUCAGACCCAAAGCAGUUUAAGAGGCAGCUAUAUGACAUCUGGUUUAAGUUUUAUAACAGAGGCAAAACUGGAGGUAAUGAUUCCUGUGGGUUUGAACAUGUGUUUGUUGGAGAAGUUAAGUUUGGCAAGGAGAUCAUGGGCCUCCAUAACUGGAUCCAGUUCUAUCACCAUGAGAAACUAAAUCGGGUGGACUACAAAGGAUACAAGGCCAGAGAUUACAAGGAUAAGCCUGAUGAAGACGAUCACGUCUUGAACCUACAGUUCAGCUGGAACGGUCUGGUCAAGCCGGAGAGCACUUGUUUCAUUGGCGUCAGCCCGGAGUUUGAGGUGGCGGUUUUUACCAUUGUCUUUCUCCUGUCCAAAGAGCGCUCGACUAAUGUUAAGGUGAAGGUGAACGAGUAUGUGAUGGAGAUUGUGGUCUGCAGAUACGGGCACUCCAUUGGAACAUCAUACCCCAAAAUGAUCAGCAGCAACAAUCGGGAUCUCAAAUAAAGAUCUAAGAUAUGAAAAAGUCUUGAAAAAUUGGCUAACUCUGAUAAAAUGGUUUUGAUUCUGUAUCUCCAUUAAUAUUUAUAUUUUAGUAUAAACUUAUCAAAAAUAAUAUCUUUAGAUUGGGUUUAUGUUGGGAAAUUGUUGGAAUGACUCUUUUGUUUGUACACCGUUGGAUGUAUCAUUAAAACUAUGUAGAGAUGUAUGUUUAACAGCUCUUCUUUAGUAUGCAUUUUAUAUAAGAUGAGCUAAAGUUACAAUUCCUUUAAAUGAGUACACACAUUUUUUCCUAUAUUUUUAACAGGAAGUUCAUUUAAAUUAUUCCCUGUUUCUGAAAUCGCAUACGGUGACAGUACGUAAUGAAAUAGAUAAAGUACUUACUCAUCGAUUGUUAAAAUGGUACGUUCUACAUGAAUGUGGGUAGUUUGAAUAAAAUUUGGACGUGUUACAUUUGCCAAGUGAGCUUUUAACUUGGUUAACAAGUUAAACAUUAACUCAUUCACCGCCAGCCUUUUUGAGAAAAGUUGCCCACCUGCAUUUUUGUGAUUUUAACAAAAGUUUCACAAAAUUCCUUGCAGGAAAAAUUAUCUUCUAUAAAUAUAUAAACAUACAAAUUAUAUCAAAUUAAAGAACACACCCUUUGCUUUCAAACAAACAAUAAAUAAACAAACAAACAAACAAACAAAAUGGGGAAAAAACGUUUCAUUAUAUAUUUACUUUUUCCACUUAAUUUAACCACUGAAAUAUGGAUAUUUCUCUUCAAAAAUACAACAUUUUGAGGAAAAAGCUUAAAAAAUUGCGUUUUUGUAAAGGAAUUUAUGUUAGAGAUCAGACUCAGAAUGACUAUCAAACAUAAAGGCAGUUAAAAUAAACCAUUACUUCUUUUUAACUUCCGUUUUUGAUAAAUUCUGUUUUACAGCGGAUAAAAGCGGUAUUACACUUUCACUUUGAAAUUCGUCCAGAAAAGCAUAUUAUUAGUUAAAUAUUAACUCAUAAUUGACGAGAUAACUCGUCAAUGGCGGGGAAUGAGUUAAAUAAACUAAAAAAGAUGAUUUUUUAUGUAUUUACAUUUGAAUAGAGCCGCAUUACCGCUUUUUUUAAUAUGACGACACUUCUCCUGCUGCUUUGUUGGGUGACUCCUCCUCCAAGGUCUCAUGGGAUUGUAAAGUGUUCAUUGAAUGCACACUUCGGCUGCAUCCGAAAUCUUUAAAAUGUUACUUUCGGAGGCAGCAUUCCAAGGCAGGAAGUCAUCAAGGUACAUCUGAAUCCAAUGUUUUGAUUACUUCCUGUCUGCUGAGAUACCUUCAUCGUUUUAUCCCACAAUUCUCAAUGAAUGUGAUUGGUCGAAUUCGGAAAUAAUAAAAUGGCAGCCAAGAAAACGGCUGGAGCACAAAUAGCACCAAAAGGCGCUCUCUGUUUAUAUUUUAAACAGAAUUCCAUUACGCUGCCUAUAAAGGCUGUCCGAAUGCAUUUCUGGGAGCUGCCUCCGAAGUCAUUGCCUCAUGAGGCAGCAAGGCAACAAGUCAGCCGCCUUGGGUUUCGGACGCAGCCUCCAAAAUCUACUGUACGUCUACUGUUUUUCGAAUACUGUGAUUUUGGACAUACUACUGAUUUUCCCCUACUAUAAUAUAGUAUGGAAGUACCUGUAGGCGAUUUCGGAUGGAGCGAUUUUCUAUAUAAAUUAUGCUGGCUAAAUUCUUGGUAAACAUAAUAAUGGACCAAAUGUAACUGUAGGUUACUAAUUAGAAAUAAAAAUCACUCUUGUCUUUAUUUAAUAAGGUUAAUAGAUAAAACAAAUGUUCUAGCUGUGCCUUAGUUGAAAUUAUUGCAUUUUUAUAUGGCAAAAUAUUUAUUUUUACAAACAGCAUGAAAAGAACUCCGGUCAUUUAAGGUAGCACAAAACUUUACUAAACUCCUGAAAUACUGUUUAAUGAUUGACACGAUAUGUAACCAAUGUGCCUUGUUUUCAUUUAAAGACUUCUAACACAUUUAAAACUUUGUGUUUUAUUCCAGUGCUUGUAAAUGCUGAUAUUCUAUCAAUUUUUUUAAAAUUGUAUAUUAGUGAUUUAUCAAAUUGUGACAGAAACAAUAUGCAUAUUUAGUCAAAAAUUGCUUUAUUUCAGAAUAUGUUAUAAUAGUGGUUAAUAUUUACCAUCUUUGGGUCCAAAAAUUUGAUGAAGACAUAUAAUUAAAACAUUUGAUUGUAUUUUUAUGAAUCUAUUUUUAAAUAGUGAGAACUUUAUAACAUCAAUUAAAUGAAUGAGGCAGCAUUGUCACUUCACAUUGAGACAUUGAGCAAAAAUACUGUACAGUAUGAGCUUUCUGUAAGUCCAAACUUUUACACAACAAAAUGUGUGAUAUGUAAAAUGAAUGUGUAUGAAGAUCUUUUCAAUAAAAAUAAAAUAGA